AUGUCAUUGCUGCUCCCUAGCAAAUCUGACAUAGCCAGCAAGGGAAUGGACAUGGAUGACAAGCUAGUUGAAUGUACACUCAGUUCCAAUGCAGAAAACAAACCAGAGGACAAGGUUGUAAAGGAGGAAACUGACAGAUUGACUACAGAUCCUGAGUCUGAAGACAAAGAGAGCUCAGACAAUAAUGCUCACAAUGACAACAAUUCAGAGGGCAAGGAGGUUUUGUCUGUGCCAGUGGAGGGUCAAUCUGGCAAUUGUAAGGCAACAGUAGAGGAGCUUGCAAAAGUAAAGGAGGACAAAGCUGCUGCUAGGGCUAAAGUGAAGGCAGAGGCCAAGAAAGUAACACAGGCUAAGGUUAAGGAAGAGGCUCAGGCCAAGGCAAAGAAGGAGAAGGAGAGGGGAAAGGAGAAGGAGAAGGAGAAGGCUACAGCCUUGGCACAGUCAGCAACAAAGUAG